UUAGGUCAUAGAGGGACGCAAGGAAAGCAGAUUUCUGUGUCCACCUUCGCCUUCACCAGUCGCAGUUGGUGAGAGCCCGGGCCCUGAGGAAAUCAGGCUUCAACAGAUAGAAGAAGCCCAGAUGGCCCUGCCUACGCUCCCGUUCUGCUGGGAAAACCAUGGCAGGGCGCUCCAACGCCAGAUGCUGCGCCGCCGCGAUCAGGAGGCCUGCUUUCGGCGCCAGUGGGAUGCCAACAGUCGCUACUUCCGAGUCUCCGACAUCUUCAGCUCGAAGCAGGCCCAGUGGAGUUCCCGGCGAUCUUAUCAGCAGAGCAUGGAUGCAUAUCAUCGUCAGAAGCUGAAGGCGGAAGAGAUGAAAAACUUGGAAGACCGAAGGGAGCGUCUUCAGAAACUUUUGCUUCAGGAGCAGGAACUCUUAACGGAAGAAAUGAAAGAGCUGAGGUUAAAUCUUGAAUCACGUGAACAUCAAAUCAGAGAGAGAAGUGAGAAUUUGAAAUCUGCAAGGGAAGAACGGAGGAAGAUGGUGGCUGACCAGCUUUUAUAUGAACACUGGAAAAAGAAUAACCCCAAACUGCGAGAGAUUGAAGCAGACCUCCACAAGAAACAUAUAAUCAGUUCCUGGGGCGAUCAGGUGGAAGGAAAAAAGCAGCAAGAAGCUUCCGAGAAGGAAGAGAACAGGCGUUUUGAGAACGAGUACGAAGCAUCCCGAGCAGAAGCGUCAGAACGGAUGAAGGCGGAAGAAGCCCAGAGGCGCUCAGAGGACCAGCUGCUGGCUGAGGCUCUACGGGACCAAAUGGAAGAACUGAAACUCAAGGAGAUGGAGGCGAUGAAACUGAAGAAGGAGCAGGAGAAUUUGUUGAGCCAGCAGUGGGAACUGGAAGCCCUCGAGGAAAAGAGGAGACAGAUGGAGGAAUACAGGAAGAACAUGGAGCAUGGGCGCUAUCUGAGACGUCAGUUCAACGCUCAGCUCAGCAGACACAGCCAGCAGGUCCAAGAGGAACUGGAGACGGACAAGCGCAUCCUCCAGGCCCUCCUGGACAAGGAAGACGAGGAGCAGCGCCUUGUGUCCGCCAGGCGGGAGCAGGCGGCCGCCGACGUGGCCUGGAUGAAGCAGGUGGUCGAGGAGCAGCUCCAGCUGGAGAGGGAACGGGAAGCGGAGCUGCAGACCCUCUACCUGGAAGACUCCAAACAGAUGUGGCAAAAGAGAGAAGAGGAGUGGGCUCAAGAAAGACAAGCCCGAGAUAAGCUGAUGAACGAGGUCCUGGCAGGGAGGCAACUUCAGAUCCAAGAAAAGAUGGAGCAAAAUCGUCGUGCCCAGGAAGAAUCCCUAAAAUGUCGGGAACAGCUCCUCCGGGACCUGGAACAGGCCAAAGAGCUGACUUGGAGGGAGAAGGAGGAGGCGGCGGAACUCAAGACUGCCCGCAAACAGGAGCUCGAGGCGCAGGUGGCGGAGCAGAAUCGUCAGAAGCAGGCGGCCUCCCGCCAGCAGCAGCACCAGGAGGAGCAGGCCAGGCUGGCCCAGCGCCAGGAGGACGAGGUCCUUCAGCAGGAAGCCAAGGCCUUGAGCGACCGCGGCUACCAGCCCAAGCACUAUGGCCGCCCCAAAACCGCCUGGUCCUGAAGCCGAUUUCAAAAAGCGCUUCAGCUCCUGACAUCAAGAUCGUCGCAUCGUAAGUGGUUUUGAUAAUAAACCGAGUCAGGUGUU